GGCGGGUACGGGCGCACUUCCGGGGCGGAGCCAUCGGGAAGACCCGAAUUGGGUUCUGCAGCUGCGGCGGCAGCAAUGGCGAUCUUUAGUGUCUAUGUGGUGAACAAAGCUGGCGGCCUGAUUUACCAGUUAGACAGCUACGCGCCACGAGCCGAGGCCGAAAAAACUUUCAGUUACCCUCUUGAUCUGCUCCUCAAGCUACACGACGAACGUGUCCUGGUUGCCUUUGGCCAGCGGGACGGCAUCCGGGUGGGCCACGCAGUGCUGGCCAUCAAUGGCGUGGACGUGAAUGGCAAGCACACAGCCGAUGGGAAAGAAGUGCUGGAGUAUCUGAGCAACCCUGCUAAUUACCCGGUGUCCAUUCGAUUCGGCCGACCCCGUCUCACCUCCAAUGAGAAGCUCAUGCUGGCCUCCAUGUUCCACUCGCUCUUUGCAAUUGGCUCCCAGCUGUCUCCUGAACAGGGAAGCUCAGGCAUUGAGAUGCUGGAGACAGACACAUUCAAACUGCACUGUUUCCAGACACUGACAGGGAUCAAGUUUGUGGUGCUAGCAGAUCCCAGGCAAGCUGGAAUAGACUCACUUCUCCGAAAGAUCUAUGAAAUUUACUCAGACUUUGCCCUCAAGAAUCCAUUCUAUUCUCUGGAAAUGCCCAUCAGGUGUGAGCUGUUUGACCAGAACCUGAAGUUAGCCCUGGAGGUGGCUGAGAAGGCUGGAACAUUUGGACCUGGGUCUUAGCCUGAGCGUGCAAUGGAUCAUCCCCACCCCACCCCACCCAAAUUUGAGCAAUCCUGCAGCAGGGGUCCCUGCUAGUUCCACUCCAGUGGAAACCCCAGCAGCCUUGCUAGUGCACUUGAAAAUGGGAGGAUGCUGAGCCUGAUAACAUGUACUGGUCCCCCGGCCUUAAUACCUUGCUCUCUUCCCUCGUUUAGCUAUCAGGGCCUACUUCCCAACCCUGUACAUUUAUUUAUGGAGGAAGUGGGCCCAUAAAUGCUGUAAUAAACAUUCCUUUGAUCUCAAUGUU